GCACAACUCCUUGGAUUUAUGGCUACGGUGGAGAAGACAGCGUUGGAUCAAGCUGCCAAUGGUGGCAAGGACGUCGCGUCCGACGAUGUCGAGUCCUACUCGGACGGUGUAUCUGACGCUGGUGAGAGUUCUAGUGCGGAAGACGAUGAGAACGCGGAUGUGUCGUCGUCCCUUCCGUUCGCAACGGAUGUGAAAGACGAAGACGAAGAGUUGUCCUCUGAAGACAAGGCAGCACGGGAAGCGCUGAUCCGAGAAGAGGAAGAAGCAUUGAAGAAGCAAAAGGAGAGUCAACUCAAGGCGCUCGAAGCUUUGCGCGAGCAAGAACAGGAAGCAGCAGCAACGACAUCGAAGGCAAGCCCCGACCGACGCCUGCAAUUCCUCAUGGCGCAGUCGGAUGUCUUUACGUCAUUUCUCAUGGGUGGAAGUUCCACCGUUGGCAAGGCCAUGAACAAAAAACAACGGGACAACGUCAAAGCGGACGGCGACUACAACCGACGUUCCGUCAAGAAAGGCGGCGAUGACGACGACCAAGCGGCGAUUUUGGCCGAAGAAGAGUCCCGCUUCACACGUGUGGAUAAGCAGCCGUCGAACAUUGCAUUUGGCACGAUGAAGCCGUAUCAGUUGGAAGGGUUGAACUGGAUGAUCCGUUUGCACGAUUCGGGUGUGAACGGCAUUCUGGCCGACGAAAUGGGGCUCGGAAAGACGCUCCAAAGCAUCUCGUUGCUCGCGUACUUGCGCGAAUCUCGAGCCAUGAAGGGGCCGCACAUGAUCAUCGUGCCCAAGUCGACGGUCGGCAACUGGAUGCGCGAGCUCGGACGGUGGUGUCCAUCCAUUCGUACGUUCAAAUUCAUGGGCGACAAGGACCAACGCAACGUCCUGCGCGAGUCGAUCAAGUCCGUCAAAUGGGACGUGUGUGUCAUGUCGUUCGAAGUGGCCAUCAUCGAAAAGACGACGCUGAAAAAGUUCCAGUGGAAGUACAUGCUCAUCGACGAAGCCCAUCGCAUCAAGAACGAAAACUCCAAGUUGUCGCAGGUCGUGCGCGAAUUUGACGUCGAGCACCGCUUGCUCAUCACGGGCACGCCGCUCCAAAACAACUUGCACGAGCUCUGGGCGCUUCUCAACUUUUUACUCCCUGACGUGUUUACAGCCAGUGAAGACUUUGACUCGUGGUUUAACGUGGAUGGCGAAGCUGGCCACGAAAACGUCAUCAAGAAGCUGCACACGGUGCUGCGGCCAUUUCUGCUGCGUCGCCUCAAGACCGAUGUUGAACACUCGCUUCCCCCCAAGACAGAGACCAAGUUGUACGUUGGGCUGUCGGAAAUGCAGCGAGAAUGGUAUACGCGCGUCCUCCACCGUGACGCGACCCAUUUGAAUUCCAUCGGCGGAUCCGAUCGCGUGCGAUUACUCAACAUUUUGAUGCAGCUUCGCAAAGUAUGCAACCACCCGUACCUGUUUGACGGCGCCGAGCCUGGACCGCCAUUUGUGGAAGGCGCGCACUUGUGGGAAAACUGCGGCAAGCUCGUGCUCCUGCACAAGUUGCUCCCUCGUCUAAAGGCCCAGGGCUCCCGCGUCCUGAUCUUUUGCCAAAUGACAAGCAUGCUCAACAUCCUGGAGGACUACAUGCGGUACAACAACCACGAGUACUGUCGUUUAGACGGGUCUACUCAGGGCGAGCUCCGCGAUGAGUACAUGGACGUUUUCAAUGCGCCCAACUCGACCAAGUUUGCGUUCCUGCUUAGCACGCGCGCCGGCGGCCUCGGGAUCAACUUGGCAACAGCAGAUAUUGUCAUCUUGUACGACUCGGAUUGGAACCCACAGGUGGACUUGCAAGCAAUGGAUCGCGCCCAUCGCAUCGGGCAAACCAAACCGGUCCGCGUCUUUCGAUUCAUCACGGAUGGGACUGUCGAAGAAAAGAUCGUCGAACGGGCCGAGCGCAAGCUGUACCUGGACGCGGCAAUCAUUCAGCAGGGUCGUCUUGCGCAGCAGAACCGCAAGUUGAGCAAGGAUGAACUCAUGACGAUGGUCCGGUUUGGAGCGGACGAGAUUUUCAACGCCAAAGGCAGUAUGAUCACAGACGACGACAUCGACGCCAUCUUGGCCAAGGGCGAGGAGCGCACAGAGGGAAUGAAAGCCAAAAUCAACGAAGACAUGCAGCACAAUCUCAAGAACUUUAGCUUGUCGUCUGUAUCGAGCCUGUACGAGUUUGAGGGCGAAAAGUUUGCCAAAGAUGCCCUGGAAACGGGCGGCGUCAUGCCGUCCACCUUUAUCGCGUUGCCGGCGCGUCAGCGCAAAACCAACUACGACGUGGACGAGUACUACCGCCAGCAGACGGGCCAGACAAAGCCGAAGAAGGUCAAGAAGCCCGACGAAGAGAAUCGACCCAAGGUCGCCAUCGUGCAUGAUUUUCAGUUUUUCGACAAGGACAAGAUGAUUCCGCUGCUACAGAAGCGCCUGGACGUUGAGUUUCAACGAAAGGAGCAGCUCAAGCUGAUCAAGGAAGCCAAGUCUGGCAAGCUCGACGACGACGAGGCCAAAGAUAAGCUCAAGCAACUCGAAGCUGACCUGGAAGGCAUGGAGAUGCCGGAGGUUGACCGCUUGGCAUUGGAGGCGCUCGAGCACGACGGGUUUGGAGACUGGACUCGGCGCGACCUCAAGCAGCUCGUCGCCAGUUGCGAGAAAUUUGGCCGCCACGACAAGGAAGCCAUCUGUGCCGACACGGCGACGGCGCUCGGGAAAGAAAUCACGCGCGUGGCCGAAUACUACGACGUGUUCUGGGCGCGAGGAGCAGACGAGCUAGAGGAGUGGUCCAAGUUCAUCGAGCGCAUCGAAAAGGGCGAGAAGCGCCUCACACGUAACCAAGCCGUGAAGGAGGCACUGGCGGCCAAGUGCGCGAUGUACAAGAACCCGUGGCGGGACAUGAAGCUUCAGUACCCAGGCGGGUACAAGAGCAAGGGGUUCACCCACGACGAAGACGUGUUUCUUGUGUGCAUGAUGCACGAACACGGGUUUGAAUGGAACGCGAUCAAGGACGACAUCCGCAAAGCAUGGCAAUUUCGAUUCGACUGGUUCUUCAAGUCGCGCACGAUCGUCGAGCUGCAGAAACGCGGCGAGUUCCUCACCAAGCUGAUCGAGAAGGAGAACGAAGAAACUGCGAGCAAAGCAGCGACAGAGGACGAGACCUUAUCGGCAAAGGCGACCAAAAAACACAAAAGCUCGAGCAGCGGCGGCAGUAGCAAGAAACGAUCGCGCCCUUCGUCGUCGUCUUCGAGUAGUUCCAAGCGACGAAAAUCCAAAGCGUAAGCCGCCUUCCAUCCACAUCCUCCUUUAUAACUUCCGCAACACGACGCCCUCUCCAUCA